AAGAAACGAAAGCGAAAGUGCGAGUUUACGCUGAAAGACCCGAACUUCUCCUGCGCUGUGAUCGCGGUCAUUGCUGGACUUCAGGGGGACAAACAUGGAUGAAUUUCCGUAUCCAGUGCUCGUGGAGGGAGACUGGUCAUCUAUAAACCCUAAAACACUCCAAAGCAAAGUUCAGAUUUACUUUCAGAGCAGAAAGAAAUCUCAGGGAGGAGACUGCGUCAUCAAAUGGUCUGAUCGGAGCUGUACUGUCUUCUUCAAAUCAGAAGAAAUCCGGGAUCAAGUUCUCGAUAAAGCUGAUCAUGCAGUGCCCAUCGAGAAACAGGUGGUAAAGCUAAAGGUGUCCAAACCAUCCAGUGAUUCAGGAAGUCGCCCAGAAGAAAAAGCCCAAGCAUCAGCUAAAACAGGAAGUGAUGUGUCAGCUGGAGCUUGUCAAGCAGCCUGCAGUGUGCAAGUGGAUAAUGUCCCUGCUGAUAUCAUCACCAACAUUAAAUUUCUGGAGCAGUACCUUGAAAAGUGGGGUGGAGGUGUAGAGAAAAUCAACGUAAAUCCUCAGGACCAAAGACUUAUUGUGACAUUCUGCUCACAAGAUGCUGCAAAGAGAAUUUUGGAGAAGACGGAUCACACUAUAUCCAAUCAGCCAGUCACCAUGUGCCCAUACUUUGGAUUUGAUGCGAGUCAAAUCACUGAGGUUUUGGAAGACACGCCAUGGUCCAGUGCUGUGGUCCUAGAGAAUGUGCCAGAAGACAUGAAUGAAGACUUCCUAACGCUAUUAGUGGAGAGUUUCUGUGGUCAUUCUGAAGUGGAACAUUCCUUAGAGUUAAUAUCAGAAUCAAAUGCUGCCGUUGUGACCUUUAAGGACCCCAGCGCUGUAGAGAAGUUUCUCAAAGAAUGCGGAACUAAAAAGAAGUUCCUUGAGUAUGGUUUCAAGGCCCGGCAUCUGGAGAAAAGUCGAAGUGUCAGAGUGGAAAACCUGCCUGCUCAGUGCCAUAAUCAGUUUCUAGAACUUUACUUUGAAAAGCAUGUAGGAGCCGUGGAAAGAAUCAAGGUCAUAGCAGAUGAACAAGUUGCAAUCAUCACCUUUCAAGAUCACCAGGCUGUCCAGAAUGUCCUGGGGAAAAAACAUGCCAUUCGCAACAGCCCAAUUAAUAUAUACCCAUAUUUCCCUUCUUUGGGUUCUGUUUUGUAUGGCAAAGACAGACCAAAGUGGUCGCUGCCCAAACCAUUUACACAUAAGAUCCAUCCUGCCAUUAGAGAAUUCCUCCAGAAGAAAGGACAAAUCUCUUCCAUCUGUAACCAGAUGAGCUCACACUUCUGCCAAGUGAAGAUAGACAAAGAUGAAGUUUUGUUGAGUCCUCUUCCUGCCCUGCUGAGACGAAAAGGUAUAGCCAAAAAGCACAUAGACAGCUGGAAGGAAGACACCAUAGAUGCUUUCAAAAACAUCCUCUCCUGCUUUGGUGUUUUUGAGUAUUCAGUGAUGCCUUCAGUAUGGACUGCAGUAGAGAAAGAUAUCCGGUCUGUUGUAAAAGACAAAGCUGUACUGGAGGUGGAUUUCUCAACAGGAUGUCUGACUCUGGCAGGAAUGGCUAAAGAUAUUAACAUGUUGAAACCGAUAUUGGAGACCGUUUUAAAGGAUGCAUCAAGUCAGAUAGAAAGGGAAAAGAUGAAGACCUCAGACAGCAUUAUUAUGCCCCCUGCCAUAUUCUUCUUGUUUCAGCAGGAGGAACUGCAAAAGAGUGCUUUAGCCAAAUAUCCACAGCUGGAGCUGACGUACAGAAAGGAUGUAAAUCAGUUACAGUUAACUGGGCUUCAUAUGGAAAUUAUUGAAAUCAAGAAUUUCAUCUUGGAGAGACGAUUGAGCAUGAAAGAGAAAAUUCUGAAAAUGGAUUCUUCCUUGCUGAAUUUCUUGAGCUCAGUGGACUCUGAGGAAAUGUCAAGAGAUAUGUUUACAUCCAAGGGAAUUAAUGCGGUCUACAGAUUUGAAAAUGGGGACAAUGUUUUGACUGCGAGUACAGAUAAAACACUGACUGAGGCUGAGAAGAGGCUUGAAAUGAUGCUGACAUCACAGAGACUUUCUGUAGAAGACCUAGCUGUGCUCAAAAGGCCAGAAUGGAAAGAUCUCACUAAUCAGCUUUGCGAGUCAUACAACUCAUCCAAGAAGACAACAGUGCUUAUAAAGUCCUUAGAGGACAGGAAUACACUUAUGGUUUGUGGCUUUCAGGAACCAGUCAGAGAAGUCAGUAAGAGUCUGGAGCAAUUUAUUAAUAAAUACUCAAGGGUAGAAGAGACCCUUCGUGUCAAGUGUUCUGCUGUAGUGAAAUUUAUCAGAGAGAAGAAGCCCCAAGUUUGGCAGAAAUUUUUAAAGGGUGAUGAACUGAACAUACAUUUUGACUCAAAAAGACCCUUGAUUCGAGUGUCUGGAGAGCGUAUUCAUGUUCAGCCUGCGCUAAUGGCUUUUCAGAACAUUGCAAAAAAUGUUUUCACUGAUAAGUUUACAAUUAGAAAGGCAGGAGCGAAAAAGUAUUUCCAGGAACAGGGUAGCAUGAUCUUUAUGAUGAUAAAGGAUGAAAGAUUUGUAGUUGUGCUUGAGGAUGCUUCUGUAGAGGAAGACAUUGAGGAGAGUUACCAUGAAAAGAGUUAUAAUGAAGGUACAGUGGAACACUCUGUACAGCAUUUCUGUGAGGUUCAGACUCCUGGUGGGAUUGUCAUCAAAGUCCUGAAGGCCGACAUCUGCCAGUUAAAAGUAGAUGCUGUAGUCAAUGCUGCCAACGAGGACUUGAAGCACAUUGGUGGUUUAGCAUUAGCACUUCUGAAUGCUGCAGGUCCAUCUUUACAACAAAGCAGUAAUCAAUAUAUAGCUAAACAUGGGAAACUGUUAACUGGGAAAGCUAUUACUACAGAAGCAGGCCGUCUGCCAUGUAAAUAUGUGGUGCAUGCUGUAGGUCCCCGCUUUUACAGUACCAACAAGUCUACGGCUGUGAGGCAACUGAGACAAGCUGUGAGGGAAAGUUUGGACCAAGCUGUGUUUAAAAGGUGCUCCUCCAUUGCAAUCCCUGCCAUCAGCUCAGGGAUAUUUGGAUUUCCUCUUGACCUCUGCACUGAGACGAUUGCUAAGGAACUACAUUCAUAUGUUGAAUUCCAGAUUGGCCAAGGUGGCAUGAGCACACUGAAAGAGAUUCAUUUGGUGGACAAUAAUUCCAAAACUGUCGAUGCCAUGGUACAGGCUGUUAAAAAGGAGUUUACUGACUUCAACCCCAGAAUAACAUUACCACGGCAAAUUGGCCAUGGCCAUGGUCAGCAUGGUCAGAAUCAUCAGGGUCAAAGUAACCGAGGUCAGGGGUAUCAUGGACAAGAUGUUGGUAGACAUGACAAUGUAGUAAGGGGUAAUGAAUUUAGAUCCCAGUAUGAGGACAUAGACAGGUCAGGCUCAGGGUUUCUUGAAGAUCAAUCUACAAAAGAAGGACUGAAAAUCAUUCUGAGGAAGGGGAAUAUCCAGGAUGCACAUUCUGAUGUCAUCAUCAAUACCAUCUCUGAAGACCUUGAUCUCAGUAAAGGUGCCGUCUCCAAAGCAAUACUCAACGCUGCUGGUCCUCAAAUGCAAGCUGAAAUUUAUUCACAAGGUAUUUCCAGGCUGAAGUAUGGAAACAUAGUGGACACUAAAGGCUAUAACUUAAAAUGUCAAAUGGUCUUCCAUACCGUUUGUCCAUAUUGGAAAGGAGGGAAUAGCUCAGAAAAUGAGAUUCUACAAGGGAUCAUUGACACCUGCCUGAAAAAAGCAGAGAGACAUAAAAUGACUUCGAUUUCCUUUCCAGCCAUCGGCACAGGGAACCUUAACUUUCCCAUAGAUCUGGUCUCCAGAAUUUUGCUAAGUGAGAUUCAUGCCUUCAGUGCCAGUGUUUUGCCUCAGUUCCUUAAAGAGGUGACGGUGAUGGUGCAUCCAUCAGCCAGUGAGACAGUCCAGUGCUUUGUAAAAAGCUUCAGAGGUGGAUGGCAGGGUUCCAUCAGGAAAAGAGCACACGCUGUUCAGCAAUCACCAGCUAAAAAAACACCUCCUGUUAGAUCACAACAGCCUGCUGCAGUUUAUAUUGGAGCGGUUUCUACUCCUAGUCUUGGAGUGCACAGAAUGCAAAUAAAGCAUUUGACUCUGGAGGUGUCUUCAGGUGACAUCACCAAAGAGAGAUGUGAUGCAGUUGUUAAUUCCUCCAAUUCAUCAUUCUCUCUAAAAUCAGGAGUUUCCAAGGCCAUUUUAGAUGCUGCUGGUAUUGCAGUGGAAAGGGAAUGUCAACAGAUUAUGGCAUCACAAUCUCAGAAUGGAGACAUGAUCAUGACUUUAGGAGGACAGCUUCCAUGCAGAAACAUUAUUCACAUUGUAGGUCGAAACAGUCCUGCAGAAAUCAAAAAUGUUGUUUACUCUGUAUUAAAGUUCUGUGAGGAACAAAAGUUCUCGUCUGUCGCCUUUCCAGCACUUGGCACAGGUCAAGGUGGAGCCCACCCUUCUGCUGUUGCAGAUGCCAUGAUUGAAGCCUUGAUUGACUUUGUGAAGAAGAAAAAAGGAACACAUUUGCAAAGUGUAAAAUUCUUGAUAUUCCAGACACCCAUGGUAUCUGAUUUUCAUCAGAGCAUGCUGAAGAAGCAGCAGGAACGUCUGGAUGAGGAAGGUGGUAUUAUAGGCUGGAUUAAAGGGGAAAUAGAAACUGUGGUCAGCUACUUUCGUGGCAACAAAUCAGAAGGGGCUGAAAAUGAAGAAUUCGUGUUGGUGGGCGAGGAGUUCGAGCCUGUUGUACUUCAGCUGUGUGGAGAGAGUCAGGAGGACCUGAACAUGGCGAGGAACCUGAUCACCAGCUUCAUUGUGAGGGAACACAUGAGCUCAAAAAUCCAGGACUCGGCCAUCAGCAACUUUGGCCAGGAGGAAGCUGACAUACUGAGCAACCUGCAGAGGGAGCUGACGGUCAGUAUCCAGCUCUUAAAGAGUGGUCCCGAGCCGGUGCUCACCAUGGAGGGCCUGACACGAGACGUGGUGAAGGCUGAGAGCCAAAUCCGUGACAUGAUUCGUAAAGUGGAGAAGAACAUGACACGACACCGUGAAGCUUUUUCACUUAUGACCCAAGUGGAGUGGCAGUAUCAGGACCACAGUGGGAAAUUUGUGCCUUUUGACCUUCUGACCAACUACGACCUGGAGGAGGCAUUACAGUUUAAGCAGCCUCGUGUAAUGAUCAGCAUCAAUAAUGACCCUUAUGAGGCGAACUUUAUCUCUGGGAAAGCUAAAGGGAAACACAGAGAGAUUGAAUUGAAAAGGAUUGAUCGAAAACAAGAACAAAAUUCUGUCUCUUUACCCAGUCAUUGGAAAGACAUGAAGGGAAAGUUCCUUUUGAAGGUCGAAAUUCAACAAGGCAGUAAAGAAUACGCUGAUGUGGAGACGUUGUUCAGGCAAACAGGAUUGACCUCAAACAUCCUUAAAAUUGAAAGAGUUCAGAAUGAGACCUUAUGGAAGAACUACAUGAACCAGAAGGUAUACCUGGAAAAAAAGAACAACCACACAAACAAUGAAAAGCUGCUUUUCCACGGCACCGGCCCUGCUAAUAUCGAUAAGAUCAACGAGCGAGGUUUCAAUCGCAGCUAUGCCGGGAUGCAUGGUGCCAUGUACGGGAACGGUGUGUAUUUUGCUGUUGACCCGUGUUACUCUGCCCAAGGCUAUGCCAAGCCUGAUCAGAAAGGCCACAAGCGCAUGUAUUUGGCUCGUGUGUUGGUUGGUGACUUCACCACAGGGAAAGCUGGUCUCCUCACACCUCCAGACAAAAAAUCAACUGGCACGGAGCAGUAUGACAGCGUCACUGAUCCAAAUCAAACAAUGUUUGUGAUCUUCCACGAUGUUUACGCCUAUCCUGAAUACCUAAUUACGUUCCAGUAAGGGCUGUGUUUACAGUGACGCUAUCUGAUUUCUAUAUGACCUGCUUUUCACACUGUGGAACUAAUUGCCAAAAAUAUGCAAUCUAAAAAAAUAUGCAAAAUAGAUCAACUGUAGGGUUUCAAACAUUAAGUUUGAAUGUAUGAAUGCUUGAAUAUAAUAUAAUAUGAUCUAAAGUUUAUCAUUUUCUUCAUAUAGACUUAUAUAAUAAAGAACAUCUGUUGCUUUCAAGGUCAUUUUGCUGCUUAGUUGCACUUUGAAAUUGAAUAUUUAUGAUAUAAAUCGGUGGUUUAGUAAGGGAUCAGUCAGAGCCAGAGAGUAACUGUCACUGGUCACAUUGAUUGUGUAGAAAAAUGUACAUCUUGACACCUACAUUCUCCAUGUAAGACCAGAGAGACCAAAAUAAACACUUACAACACAAAGGCAUUUUUUAAAAUCAUUGCUUGCUUUCAUGCACGAAAGUGUCUGCACUGCCCUGUUUCAGAAUCAACGAGCAAGAAAUGUUUAGAAAUUAUUUUUAGAAAAUGUUAGAAAAUAUAUUUUUAUUAUUAUUUGAGAUGUUUUUCUGCUUAAAUUCAGGGCAGUGAAAUGUGUAAUGAUUUUAGAACCAUCUAAGAAUCUGCUGAAGAACCCAUUAGCACCUGACUGCAUUUCAAAUCUCUGUAGAGAUCAGCAUGGGUAGUGUACACUUAAUUUAACAGCAGUUAUGGUGAUGGUAAAGAAAGAUUCGUUUUUAAUCUAAGGUGUUUAUUCUUUGUCAAAUUUGUGACAUGAUCCAUAAAGUGGAACAUUACAGAGGUGUUCAUUGUCAUAAUGGUUUUGCUUCUUGUUAGAUAAAUUACACGUUUAUUGUGGAACAUAUACACUGAGAGAAGAUGAGCAGAAAGAUUUCAGAUUUUAGAGGAAUGCACUGUAUAUAAAACAGUAAAAGUGCUUAUCGGUCAUAACUAAUACACCAGGCUUUCUGGUUAAGUCACUGGUUCUACAUAGCAACUCUGUAAUUCCUCUCUGCAAUACCUCAAGUCUCCACAAGAGGUCAGAAAACACAAACACAGUCAGAGAGGUUACUGAACGUUUCCAGUUACUUUUUUCCUUUCUUACCGGGAGAGAGAUGUUAAUAUCCUUUCUAAUUUCUCAUUUAGCAUCACCUCAUAAUGUUUUCAAUACAAUCAAUACAUUAUACAUCAAAUAGAUGCCUGUACAGAACAAAUUACAUUGUGCUUUGACCUUGACCUAAUAAACAACAAAUUUCUUUUGGAG